AUGGCGCUUAACUCAUCCCGGCUUCUUUCGGACUUGGAUAACAAAAUCGAACUUUUACUGUCCAAAUUUCAGGAAAUAUGCCAACUUGCCCAAGUCGACGAUAGAGAAUAUGAAACGCAGUCGGUGGAAUCUCUUCAAAUUGAGUCCAAUGCAUCGACAAUUACUCGUAUAGCUGAAGAACUUCUCGGAGUGACUAGAUUACUUAAAGAGGAAUGGAUUUUGGGACAGACGAAGGUGGUUGACCCGGAGAAUGACGCUAAUCAUCUCUCUGCUAAGCAGUUGGUCGACUUAUAUAGCAAGGUGAACACACUUUUGGACGAUGUUACAAGUGUAAAGAAAUGA